AUGCCAAAGUCUCUCCCAAACCAGAAUCGCGUGGAUAUUCUGAAUGAGACGUGCGGCUUUGAUAUUCACAGAGAGUGCGCGUCGUACGGCCUCCGGGGAGACGACUGCACUUCUUCGUCUCUGGUCAACGCCAUUUUGACUGAGUUUCCCAAAAGUACUGUGUACGCCCGGUCGUCGGCUCUGCGAAGGACUCUGUGGAGCGCGGUGUUCUUUUUGGAGGGAUUCUAUGGUCUUCCAUGGGGUUGUGGUGGGACGACAGACGAGCUUGUCAAGACGGCCGCGAGCCACGUUGAGGGUAGCCGAUGCCUGAUUCGUGAGGUUUGCGACGGGGACCCAAAAAAGGUUCUGGGUUUGCGCGGGCAUCACCAAGAAGUGUGUACAGCAGUUGCUCUUCCGUGCAUUCAUGUGCCACGCACGGAAGGGGAUGGGUUAAUGGCCGCAGCUCUGCAUCACAAGGUGUCAUACGCGCAAGCGGAGGAGCACUUUGCUGUGCGGGAGGGUCCCCGUGCUUAUGUAGGCAGAUUGUUUUGUUUUGUUCUAUCGUAA